AUGGAUACCCGCAAAGACUCCGAAGCUGAAAAGCUCAGUCUCCAAGAUGAGACCAAACCCAGUCUCGGCCACGUCGAAGUCCUCUCCGCUCCUGAGCCCGUCAAACUGGAGGACGUUCGCACCCAGGACUUGACGGCCAAAGAUCAAUGGCGCCAACUGCUGACCGCAAUGCGUGCUGAGAAACGCUACUGUUGCUGGGCUUGUUUUACAAUCCUCCUUGUAUUCAGCUGGGGCUAUGACUCAGGCCUCUCGGGAAUCGCCAUCGCGUUUCCCGAGUUCCGCAAGGCAUACGGCGAAUACUACGCCGCUGGAGACGAAUAUGUUAUCCCUGCUCUAUGGCAGUCACUUUGGAACGCAGCUUCCACAAUUGGACAGGUCUUCGGCGGUUACGCCGCUGGUCAAUUCGCCGAUUACUUGGGCCGGAAGUUCCUCCUCUAUGUGGCUAUCGUCGUGGCACUUGCCUCGUCGUUUGCGCUAGUAUUUGCUCCUAGCCUGCCUGUUCUAUUUGUCUCCAAGCUUCUCCUCGGUCUAUCCGUCGGUCUUUCGACUGUACUCCCGCCAUUGUACGUCACCGAAAACGCACCAACGGCGCUUCGCUCUACAUUCUCUUCUCUCACAAACGUCAUGAUUGUCUUUGGUCAAUUCUGUGCAUCCAUGACUGGAUAUGGAGCUUCAAAUAUUCACGGAGUCUGGUCCUACAAGCUUGCAUUUGUCAUGACAUUCCUACCACCCGGAAUUUACCUGUGCGGACUCCCCUUCCUUCCGGAAAGCCCAGUGUGGUACAUGAAGAAGGGUCGCUAG